AUGGUUAAGGUUGCUGAAGCUGAUCGUCGAGCAAGGGGGGGAGUGGAGCCUCUGAUGACAAUGGGCAAAGGAAGUAGUGAAAAAGGAACUAUAGCUAUAGAGGAGAUUUGCGAUGGUUGGCAGAGUCAAAGGGAAGAUUUUGAGAUUGUUGUGAUGCUAUGGUUGCUGCGAAAGUGGUAUGACAGUGCCGAGUUGGAGAAGAGUUCGAAGGAUUCAUUAUAUCACUACGAUAUUGAUAACGGGAGAAAGGUACAAACUGAUGAGGUAUAUGGUGAUAUUGCAAGAAAGUUUAUUGAUGAUAGCUUGAUUUAUGUUCAAGAAGAAGGUAAUAUUUCCCAAAAAAUCCCAGUGAUGGUUUCUCCAGCGGAUGUUCUUUAUUUGGGGAAUGGGUGUGUCAAUGUCAGUGCUCAUUCUGGUGAUUUUCUUCUUUCAAGGGUGGGAGUGUCAAUAUCCAUACUAGUUCUGGGUCUAAUGGUCCACGGGGAGAAUAGACAUUUGCGGUGUCUGGGUGAACCUGGUUCAGGUUUAUUAGGUGUUCCACUUAUUACUGCCUAUGAUCCAAUAUUCAAAAUUGAUGAUAGAUGUCCCAUAAUUAAUGUUGGUCUAAUGAACUCUGAUGCUGUGACCACUGAGACAAUAGUGAGCUUUAAGGGUGAAAGGAAUAGAUGA